AUGUCAGAACCAACUAAGAUAGAGAAAGGCGAUGAACACGACCCCGAGGGACUAGGUUUACAUCCUCAUCUGUCACAAAUCGGUGAAGUCCAGGAUACCGAAAACCCAACCUACGAUGCGGUAUUCGGAGAGAUCACGGAAGGCGGUCCAAAUUAUCGCAAUGUCGGGUUCCUAGGUACCGUCGCCCUCAUGAUGAAGACCCAGAUCGGCCUGGGUGUUCUGUCGAUUCCCGCCGCUUUCGACGCACUUGGUUUAGUCCCCGGUGCCAUAUGCCUGUGUGCUAUUGCUGUCAUAACAACCUGGUCGGACUAUGUCAUUGGGACGUUCAAGCUUCGGCAUAGAGAGGUAUAUGGGAUUGAUGAUGCGGGUGGGUUAAUGUUCGGACGUCUUGGGAAGGAGGUUUUUGGGGCUGUUUUCUGCCUUUAUUGGGUAUUCGUCUCCGGUUCCGGAAUGCUCAGUCUCUCGAUUGCCUUGAACGCAGUCUCGACACACGGUACAUGCACUGCCGUCUUUCUCGCCAUCGCUUUUGUUAUAGGAUUCUCGUUCGCUAGUAUCCGGACACUGGGACGAAUUACUUGGAUUGCAUGGGUUGGAUUAGUAUGCAUCCUCACCUCAAUCUUCAUCGUCACCAUCGCCGUCGGCGUCCAAAACCGUCCUGCCGCUGCACCCUCGCGGGAAGAAACACUCGUCUGGGUUUCGGAUUACAAGAUUGUCAAUAACCCUUCCUUCACAUCUGCCAUCAAGGCCGUUUCGACGCUCGCGUUUGCCUACGCGGGUACACCGGCUUUCUUUGCCGUUGUGUCUGAGAUGCGGGAGCCGCGGUACUAUACCCAGGCUAUGCUUAUCUGUCAGACUGGCGUUACGGCUAUUUAUGUUACUAUUGGCAUCGUCGUGUACUAUUACUGCGGGUCGUAUGUCGCGUCGCCAGUCUUGGGUUCUGCUGGUGUGGUAGUCAAGAAGGUUAGCUACGGCUUUGCGCUGCCGGGGUUAAUCGCCACUACUACUCUUGUCACCCACAUCCCAGCAAAACACAUCUUCAUCCGCCUCCUCCGUAACACCCACCACCUAACCGCCAACACCCUAACCAACAAAAUCGUCUGGUUCGCCAGCACGUUCACCGUCGCCAUAGUCGCCUACAUAAUCGCCAGCGCAAUCCCCGUCUUCGACAGCCUGAUCUCACUCAUUGGUGCACUGCUGGGCACAUUCAUGAUGUUCCAGCCGAUGGGAUGCAUGUGGCUGUACGAUAACUGGGCUCGCAAGACGACAGAGCAUGGGUGGGCGUGGUGGAGGUGGGCGGCGAUGGUGUGUUGGAGUGUGUUUGUGGUGUUGGCGGGGUUCUUUUUGAUGGUUGGGGGGACUUAUGGGAGUAUUGUUGGGAUUAUUGAGGAUUAUGAGGCAGCGGAAGGGGGAAGCGCGGCGUGGUCUUGUGCGGAUAAUUCGAAUUCUGUAUAG